AUGGCCCAAGGUGGUGGUGGUCGUCGUCGACCUAAAGGUCUUCCAAGACGCAUAAUAUUCUUCCACAUUCUACCACGGUUGCCGGUCAGCUCAUUACAACGUUGUAGGAGUGUUUGCAAAGGAUGGCAUUCGUUUCUCAAAUCACGUUUAUUUGCUAACUUGCAUAACCGCCAUCUAACCAAUGGAUCCGUCGUUCAACUUCGUCCCAAACUUCUCUUCUUACCACGUGAACAUCCAUGGUCCGGGUUUAGGAUCAUGGAUUGUGAAGCACCUGGUGAUGGUUCCAUUUCCCAGGUGCGUUACCCUUUGCCGUUUGUACCUGCCAAUACAUAUUUCAUCCAAGCCCUAUCAUCUUUACAUGGACUCGUAUGUGUAUGCCUACAUAAAAAAAAUCAAGUUACGGAUCUAGUUAUAUGGAAUCCAUUGACGGGUGAGUCUAAAACGUUAUCCAAAACCAAUCCUUGCUUUAAUAAAUUGUACUUUCUCCAUCCAAUGUCAUUAGGAUUGUAUUACAACGCUGCUGAUGAUGACUACAAGCUUCUAGUUGUUUCAUCUUAUGAUCUCGGUGUUCACAUAUACUCGUUGAAAUCCGACUCAUGGAGAAACGUUGACUCAACAGACAACUAUCAAACUCUUUCCCACUUUAAACCUAGACGUGCUGAGGGAUGGGUCUUGAGUAAUGGUACUUGGUCAAAUGGAAAUCUCUAUUUCUUAUAUGCUCGAAAUAAAAGACCAUGGUCAACUGAUAAAAAGAGAAGACGACAACCUUCAAUUAUAAAGUUUGACGCGAAGAUUGAAAAGUUCACCGUAAUACCAACUCCUCCCUCUUUAAUGGAUUUAGAUGUUACGUAUUCGAGUAUGAACGUUGAAGGAGGAAUUAUCCACUUGGGUGUCAAGUAUGAAACUAGCCGGUAUGUAUAUUCUACAAAUGCCAAUAUCCAAAUGUGGAGGAUGAUAGGAGAUCAAGGGAAUUGGGAAAAGGUAGGAGGUCAGCAUAAGGUGGAUAAUCUUUUGGAGCCAUUGCACUGGAUAGGGAACAAAACUUGGCUCAUGAUCAAAAAUGGAAGGGAUAUAUAUAAAGUAGAUCACAGCAAAGACAAAUGUAUUCUUAGAAACUACAUGCCUCAAACUGUGAGAUACACAGAGAGUUUUAUAUCACUUGAUCGAUCAAUAUCUAUGAAGUAG